GUAGUCGACAGUUGUCAGUUUGUUAAAGUUUAUAUUGUAUUUGAGUUUGAAUAAAGUUACUUUGAAAAAGUUGUAACAUUGGUGACAGCGGUGGGAUUUAAGAGAUAUUGAAGAAGAUAUUGAGAAUUGUUUAUGGUAAAUACCAGAUCAUCUAAAGUUGAGAAGGAAAUGGAUACAUCCGGACCACCAGCAUGGUUUUUAAAAAUGAAAGAAAAUGAAGAGAAACGUAGGCAAGAAGAGAAAGAAAAUGAAGAGAAACGUAGGCAAGAAGAGAAAGAAAAUGAAGAGAAGCGUAGGCAAGAAGAGAAAGAAAAUGAAGAGAAACGUAGGCAAGAAGAGAAAGAAAAUGAAGAGAAGCGUAGGCAAGAAGAGAAAGAAAAUGAAGAGAAACGUAGGCAAGAAGAGAAAGAAAAUGAAGAGAAGCGUAGGCAAGAAGAGAAAGAAAAUGAAGAGAAACGUAGGCAAGAAGAGAAAGAGGAAGAUAAAAAGCUUAGAAAAGAAGAGGAGGAGAGGCGUAGACAAGCAGAGGUAGAAAUUAUGAAUAGUUUGUCCCAAAUUCACGAGCAUUUUCAGUUAGAGUUACUAAUGUCGAAUCCGAACAAACAGCCCUUUCCUCUUCCAUCGUUGAUCCAGGCAUAAUUAGAAGUAGCAAAAUUUUAAAACCACCCACGUUUGAUGGCCAAACAGCGUGGGAAACUUAUCGUUUCCAAUUUGAAGCUGCAGCUAAAGCAAAUGGCUGGACUGAAAGAGAAAUGGCAGCUUCCUUGGUGGUGUCGCUUCGAGGUCAGGCAGCAACCGUCCUUCAAUUUCUUCCUCAGGAUUCACCUAGUUAUGACUCACUUGUUCAAGCUUUAGAAACAAGAUAUGGCCAACAACAUC